AUGAGUUCCGGCAGCUCUGGCUUAACGAAUGGCAGCUCGAGUCGAGCAUACAACCUCACAUUCGAGAUCGAACCUCCCGCAUCUGUUCGCCCAGGUGUCGCCUUUACGCUUCCCGUCGUCGUGGCUGUUCGGCCUAUUGGUUUAGCGAGCAAUAACCCUACGCAACAAUUGGUAGCAGGGGCAAGCCUUCUAGAUGAGACCGGCGCCAGAUCUCCUACCCGCUUAACAGGGAAUCUCACAGACAGCGUCCGGAGCCAGGCGGGGAACACCAACAACGGAUACGCCUGCUUUCGUCCACUCAGAAUCCCAAGCCCAGGGAGGUACAGGCUGCGGAUAAUGGUGGCGGCUGACAGUUACAACGGGACAGUCACCAGUGAGUUCGUUGACUCUCGGGUCAUUCAAGUUCAUGCGGAGGCCGCCGUGUCACAGCACCCAACUGCCGUACAGAUCUCCCGGCUACAACGUCUAGUUCGCGAAAACAUUGGUAUCUCAGCGGGAGAUAUCGCGGCCUGGCAGCAAUUAUAG